GACUGACACGCAGCGCCCUCUGCUGGUGGGCGUCGCUCACUGCUGGCGCACUCUGACUGCCGGUUUGUUUACAGAUUCACUUAAACAUGGCCGCCCUAGCAACCGCACUGUGCACUGCUAAACAAUGCUCGGGACAGGGAGACUCCAGUGUCCAGCAGCCGUGCACAUCGUCUCUGGACAGCGUGGAUCACAGGCUGGCCAGACAGAAAGCUGUACAGUUUCUCAGGCAAGCUGAGAAGAACAAGAGGCAGAUUGAAAAGUUGGAGAAGGAGCGGACGCUGAGCUCUCAGUGCAGAAAGAACGGUUGGACAGAUGUGUGUGGAGAACUGGAAGAGUACGAGAAAGUGUUGGAGGAUGAAAGAAAUGCAGAUAAGCUGAAUCUUCAGAAGCAGCUGGUGAAGAUUCACAAUGGUGUGAGGAAAUUUCAGACGCAGCUAACAGAUGUGAAGCCGACUCCUGAGUUGAUUGAAAGACUGAAGGAAAUAAUGUCAGAGGUGGAAAUCUCAAUCAGCACCCUAAAGGAGGAACAGCGGUCAUGUUUGGAGGAACUUUUGAAGGAGGACAGAACAUGCAGACAGGAAAUCACAGCGUACGAGAAGAAGAUUGAAAACUGGAGCCUCGCUGCCAAAUCAGACCACAAACCGACCGCCGCUCCGACUGUCAAGACCAAACACCCCGACAGAGACCUCCCUGCAGAAGUCAGAGCCCUGGAGGUUUUCCUGCAGAAGACAGGAGGCCUUAAUGGUGGAUGGGACCAAUUUGACCACCAAGCCUUCCUCAAAGCCUGGACAAGGCACAGUGGGCAGCCUGCUUACAGGAAAGAAGCCAAGCUGUACUUGCCUGCUAAAACACUGGAGGAGAUAGAGGAACAUGAGGACUGGCAUCGAGAGCUGAUUUCCCUGCAGGACAGAAAGAGAGAGGCUGUCCAGCGGUGGAAAGCCAGCAAGCAGCACGAACGCCAGACCAGGAUACAGAGUCAGAAGGAGAUGGAGGAGGCAGAAAGGAGAGAAAAGGAGGCCAAGAGCCAGGCCCACCAACACAGGGCUGAGGAGGAGAAGAGGGAGGCAGCUCGGCGACUAGAGGAGUGGAGGGAAGAUAAGAGAAGGAAUGAGGAACGGGAAAAAGAGCAGAGACUGUGUGAGGAGAUACAAAGGAGGAGACAGGAAAAGGAAGAGCGUCGUCGCCAGCUGGAAGUGAAGCUCACCAUUGAGGAGCAACUACGACUGAGGAGAGAGCAGGAGGAGGAAGAAGGGAGGAGAAAGAGAGAGGAGGAACAGAGGGAGAUAGAGGAGAGGAGAAAGGAGGCAAUGCAGGCCAUCAAACACUUCAAAGAAAGGGAUCUUCACAAGGUGGAGGCAAAGCUUCAGGAGAAACAGCUGAGGGAAAAAGAGGAAGAGGAGAGACAGAGAAGGAUCGCUGCUAAGUUUAAGGAGAAGGUGGACAGUCAGGUCAGCAGAGACCCGUCCAGGCUUACCCGUCCCACGAAGGGAUGGGACGAGCGAAUGAAACACAUCGGACCUUCAGGAGGAGGACCUGUGUUCCAGAUGUUUCACAGAGCUGUUCCAACUUGGAGACAAGGCCUGUGAGGUGCAGCAGUGAAAGGAAGCCAGCUGAACAGUCCUACACACUGUGACCUCAACACCAGAUUAUGCCUUUAUUUGUAUGAGCUGUGCUGUGCUUUGUACAAUCUACAUUCACAAAAUAUUUAUUUUAAAUAAAAGUUUGUGAUUAAAGUUU